GCUAUUGGCUCUCACCUACUUCCGGUAACGAUUCUAUUGGUUGGUUGGCUUCGUGGGCGAAAUUGAAAUGAACGUUUGAAUUGUUCUCUUCCUAAAACCACUGUGGAGUCGAGAAGGAAGACUUUCUUUUGAUUUAGCUGAUUUACAAUCCUACUCGGCCAGGAUGGGGGACCAUAUUGAAGUACAAAUUACUCCAGAGACUCCAGGCAGGCCUUCCAUAAGAAACCCCUUUGAGAGUCCAAAUGACUACCACCAUCUCCGGGAACCCCUGGUUCCAAGCCCAUCUGUUUUUAAAUCCAAGUCCUGUAAAGCUACCCCUCCAAAAUUUAACUGGUCUAUUGAUGAAAUGGCCAGUCUUCUCCCAGUGCACAUAGACCCGGAAGAAAUUCAGCGGCAAUCUUUUUACCUCAGCCAGACAAGGACCGAUUCUGAUGUUGAAGAAAAAUUCCAGAGUGCUAUUGAGCAGUUUUUUACCAAAGGAGCGAUUGUGCCUUCUCCCUGGGCAGCAUCAGAAACUCGCAGAGCCCCUCAUAUUUAUAAGAAAAGUCCUUUGUCUGAAACAGCGGCAGAACCGACAGAAAAAAUUUCAGUUGGUUGCCAGACGGUCCUUUCGCUGCCUUUAACUUUUGAUUUGGAAAAACUACUUGGAGAAUAUUACCGUAAUGAGGACGCUUGUGACGCAGUGCAGGAGAGCCUCAGUUCUUCCUCGCUGAGGCGAAAACUCUUCCUCGAUGGGCAGUUUAGCUACAGCAGCUCGGACAGCUCUGCUCCACCGAGUCCAGAAAGAGCUCACGUAAGAGCUGAGAGGCCUUCUACAAAAAAGGAAGGUCGUGGACCUCGAACCACGUCCUCUGAGGGAGACAAGACGUCGCCGGUUUUUACUUCUCCCUUGUCGUGUGGGAUCUCGGCCCCAACUCCUUCUACGGGCCAGUUCUCAUCUAGUCCCAUCCGACAUGGCUGCGUCAGGGACUGCAGCCUUGGUAGUAUUGGCAGCCCACUGUUGCCUGAUAGAUCAUCUCCUGCUGGCCAUGCUUCCCCCACAAUAUCUCCCAUUCUUGCAGAUGUUGCACAUACUCCUAUAAGCUCAGCUGAAAGAAAACAGCGAAGCAAUGUGACCCCACUGUGCAUUCCCCUGGACGUAGAUGUCAGCUCCUGCAACGAGAGUCCUUUUGUUGAGGGGUGCUCUCCGAUUCGUAGCUGCUCCCCGCAUCAGCUUCAGCACCACAAGGAGCAUCCGCGCGCCUCCAGAACCAAACCCAGAGUCCGCGUCUGGACCUCCCCGCCCCUCAUUUGUCAAAUCCUCAAUCCAAAGCUGCAAGACGGUCACGAGGCAGAAGAGCACCACCUGUCAGCCUCUCCGUCGGCUUUUUUCUCUUCCAUGGAAUUUGAUCCAUCCUCCCCUCAGCGUCAGGACCGUAUAGUUGAUGGUGACAGAGUUCACGUGGAUGCUGUGGAAAAUACAAGAAUGGAAGAGGACAAGGAGACGGGUAUGGAAAGAGGGAUGGAGGAGGAGGAAGAUGAACCACCCUCGGGGCAGCUGACCAGCUCUCGGAUGGGCAAUGUGUCCGGGACAGAGAGCUCUCCGAUGUUUCUGUCGCUAUUGGCAGAAGGAAGCAGCAUCCGCUGUGACUCCAGCAUGCAGGUGGAUAGCGGCUAUAACACUACCUCAGCAGGCACCGCUAGCCUCAUCGACGGCCUCGGCUCCGACUUUCAGGGUAAAGAGUCUCUAAACUCUAAUAUGGUAGAAGAAGCCAUCCCUAUUAUUCGACAAGCAAAAAUUAAGGCCUUGUAUUCACACCACUGAGUUUUUCGAUUCUUCAUAAAGGACACUUCCAGAGGAAGAAGCAAGUUUUUUUUCCCCUCAAUGUAAUUAAGAAUACGAUUUGUAUUUUUCGACAGGGGUUUGAUGUUUUGAAUUAGUUUUAUUAGAUGGUUCGACUGAAAGCAAAUGCUGUUUUUGUAUUCUCGAUGACAAGGAAGUCUGACCGAGCCUUUCUGUGAAACACUGAAAACUAUUUUUACAUCAGCAGUCAUUUUGUCUUCUACAGCUGUAAAUAAAAAAAGAGGAUUAAAAAUAUUAAUUCUGUAUUUUAAAUUCCACAACGGUAAAAUGCCAGUGUCGUUUUAUUCAUAUAUUUAGUGUUGAAAUGACAAAACUCUUGAAUAUUGACUUCUUAGGUGAAAGAAACGAUGUACUGUAUUUAUGUUUUUAUUAAAUUUUUAAUCAUGUUUUUAUUCCAUGUAUAAUUGAGAGGUUAUAUAAUUUAGAUUAUUUGUGGAGGUCAUUUUUUUUACGUUUCCACAGUAAUGAUUCAGCAUUAUUUCUCCAGAGACAUGGAGCUGGGACUUUUUUUUUUACAUUUUAUUUUUAUUCCAAGAAGCUUGACUCUUUUUAAGCUGCUCUGGACCAUAUUUAUCUAUGGUUCCAAAAAUGGUUUUCAAAGACUGUGGUAAAUUAAGGGGUUUUCUUUGAAACAAAGCACUAUAGUUGAUGUGUUCUCCAAAUAAACUCUGCAGUUCUUCAA